UUAUAAGUUGAGUGAGAUCGCUCAUCCAAGUUGGAGAGUGCGGUUGUUUUCGUUUGAUUUCUGGCAUUAGAAUUCGUAUUUUUUGUGUAUAUUUUUUAUUUUUCCGUUCUAGAGUUCGAUCAGAAGCUUUGGCGAUGAGUUCGCAACUUGGUGGAUCUGUGCCGGUUUCGGAUGAAGCACCCGAAGUAACGCUGCAUGAUUUGGGAACUCUUCGGGGCUCGAUUGGAACGAGUGCAUUCACCGGUCGAAAGAUCUUACAGUUUUUGAGCGUCAAUUAUGGAGAAACUACAGCCGGAGAGCAUCGAUUUAAGCCACCGAGGAAAGCACUGCCCUGGGAAGGAGUUCGUGAUGUUUCAAGAUAUGGGCUACCAUGUCCUCAGUUGAAGUUGAUAUCUAUGUUCAAUGCAAAGCAAUUUGCUCCGGAUAUAGAAGACUGCCUGACGCUCUCGGUUUACACGAACGAUCUUUCAGACAAGAAACCGGUCAUGUUCUUCAUUCACGGUGGUGGUUUCUAUGAGGGCUCCGGUUCGAAUCAAACCCCCGAAUUUCUACUUGAAAAGGAUAUCGUCCUGGUCGUCGUCCAGUACCGUCUGGGUCCACUCGGAUUCCUUUCGACGCAAACCGAAGCCAUUCCCGGCAAUGCCGGAUUGAUGGACAUCCAUCUGGCGCUGGAAUGGGUUCAGGAGAACAUUGCCCACUUCGGAGGAGACGCGGGGAACGUGACUCUGUUCGGGCAGUCGGCUGGAGCAGCUGCCGUUUCGGCAUUGAUGUAUAGUCCCAAGGUGCCGAAGAACUUGUUCCACAAGGUGAUUCUCCAAUCGGGAGGCACCAGUGCCCCUUGGGUGUGGGAUAAGGACCCAGUGAAGCAUGCUAGGGAGAUUGCAACCUUGAUGGGAUGCGAUCCGAAUGCGAAUAACCCCAGCAAGGUCGUAAUGCCGAUAGGAGAAGUGGAACUUUGCAUGCAACAAGCGGAUGUCUGGCACUUGCUACGGUCCUUCAUUGAACAUAAGACUCGUACAACGGCGACCAAAGGACUGGGUGAUGUUGGAGGAAACCGGCUGACGGUGGGAGAUUUUCACGGAUAUCUACCGCAGAAGCCUUGGGAGCAGAUCAAGGCUGGGAAGGUACGCCCGAAUGUUCCGAUGAUGGCAGGAGUGGUUAAACACGAAGGAACGUUUUUGCUGACUACGAUUUACGAUGCAUUGAAAAGCAGAGGACUGUUGGAUGCUCCAAAUUUCGUUAAGUAUAGUUUGCUGGAGACGGUGAACAAAUUUCUGGGAACGGAAGAUCCUAGUGGGUCAUUGAUUGCAUACCAAAUCCGGUCGUUGUUCAGUCAGGAACAACUAGAAAGUGGAAAGUUUGAAAACUUGACCCAUGGAUUAACUGAUCUCGCGGGAUCCAUUCUAGUCAAAUCAGCACUUCUACGAGAAGCACAAGGAAACAGUGCCGUUAACCCAAGAGGAACGUUCCUGUACUCGUUCGAUUAUCGGGGAGAGCAAACCCGUUUUGGAUACGGAGCGGAUACGUCCCACUAUCCCUUUGACGGAGGAGUACACCAUUCGAACGAUUUGCUGUACUUGUUCCCGUAUCCUCCGGGCGAACCGAAAUUGAACGAACGGGAUACUCGAAUGGCUAAGUUGAUGGUGGAUUUGUGGACCAGCUUUGCAGCGACGGGAGUUCCGAAGAGUGAACUGAGUGGCGGUGUGGAAUGGAAGUCGAUGAGUGAUUAUGCCGGUCCAUAUCUACACAUCGAUGAGAAUCCCCGCCUCGGCAACAACUUUUACGAGGAGUUCACCGUAGCCAGUGAUGAAAGUCGUCGCCCAACGCCUCAAACCACGCAUGAAUGAAGAGAUUCAAUCCAGAGCGGUACAUUUUCCCAGGACCUUCGAAGCAAUCCUCUGAUUCUGCAAUCCUAAUUAGCGUGUAAACAAAAUAACACGUUUCACGGUGUUGUUUUCUGUUUCUCUGUACGUUGUAUGAAUGGGCACUUUUUUAUGAAUGGGUGCCAUCAGGGGUGUAAAUCUCCUCGUUUUGCAAUAAAGGAAAUCUAGGUAUGCGUUUGCUGUGUGGGAUUACACAAA